AUGGCGUAUGGUUUGACUUGCAGGUGUGUUGAGUUGGACUGCUGGGAUGGAAAAGGUGAAGAUCAGGAGCCCAUAAUCACCCACGGCAAGGCCAUGUGCACAGACGUCUUCUUCAAGGACGUCAUUCAGGGAAUUAAAGAAACGGCCUUCCUGACAUCAGAGUAUCCGGUGAUUCUGUCCUUCGAAAACCACUGCACGAAACAUCAGCAGUAUAAACUGGCGCGCUACUGCGAGGACAUUUUUGGAGAUUUGCUCCUGAAACAGCCGUUAGAUGAUUUCCCGAUGGAGGCCGGGUCUCCACUGCCGUCUCCAAAUGACCUCAAAGGAAAAAUCCUCAUCAAGAACAGAAGAUUAAAACCUGAAGUUGAAAAAAAACAGCUGGAGCACUUCAGGAAGCACAUGGAGGCCGGAGAGCCGAGCAUCUCCACAAACAUGUCUGAAGAUGAGAAUGAGGAGGAGACAUCCACCG